UUGUUCCUUGUCGGUGACCCGGGGCGCGUCUUUCUAUGCCUGCGACUUCAGAAGCCCUGAGCGGAGGCUGAGGAUGGCGGCCAGGAUGGCUCUGCGCUUCCUGUCUCUUCUGGUGGUGGGGGUCACUCUGCUGGAGAGCUGCUUCGGCGCCUCCUCCCACUCCCUGAAGUAUUUCUACUCCUCCAUCUCGGAGCCCAGUCAGGGGCUGCCCCACUUUGUCUCUGUGGGGUAUGUGGAUGGUCAGGUCUUUGUUCACUACAACAGCCACACCCAGAAAGCGCAGCCUCGAGUCUCCUGGAUGGAGAAGGUGGAGAAGGACAACCCCCAGUACUGGAACACUCAGACCCAGGGACUACGUGACUCUGAGGAGCAGUUCAGAGAAAACCUGGAGAUUGCAAGGAAUCGCUACAAUCAGAGUGAAGGCCUGCACACAUUGCAGAAGAUGUAUGGCUGUGAGCUCCGGGGAGACGGGAGCAAAGGAGGGUUUAACCAAUAUGGCUACGAAGGGAAGACCUUCAUCACCUUCGACAAGGAGACCCUCACUUGGGUGGCUUCCGAACCCCAAGCCCAGAUCACCCAGAGGAAAUGGAACGCUAUUCCAGGAGAGAAGGAGACCAGGAGGGCCUACAUGGAGGAAAUCUGCAUUGAGUGGCUGGAGAAGUACUUGUCCUAUGGGAAUGAGACGCUGCUGAGGACAGAGACCCCAAAGGUGACGGUGAGCAGCAGGACAGAGGUGGAGGAUGGGAUGGAGACGCACAUCUGCCAGGUCCAUGGCUUCUACCCCAGGGAGAUCGAUGCCUCCUGGACGAGGGACGGGGAGGUCUGGCUACAGGACACCCUCCAUGAGCCUGUGGCCCCCAAUGCUGAUGGGACCUACCACUACUGGAUCAGUGUCAAGAUCGAUCCCAAAGAGAGAGACCGCUAUCGGUGCCACGUGGAUCAUGACAGCCUGCAGGAGCCUCUGGACUUGGAACUGAAGGAACCAACCAAUUCAAAAUCCAACCCAUGGCUCAUCAUCAGCUGCGUUGUGGCUGCUCUUGUCCUGCUGGGUGUGAUUGCUGGGAUCCUCCUGGUAUUCUUCAAGAGACGUCAGGAUGGCUACAAAGCAACGCCAACAAGUGACAAAGGAUCCAACAGUUCAGGCCAGGGGAGCAUCCAGGCCGUUAGCAGCCCCCUUGCAGGGGACACGCCCAGCAUAAAGAUAGAGGAAUGAGGAGGGAUCAGCCUUUGUCUGAAUUAGGCCGGACUCUUAGCAGGAGCCCUUCAGGCCCUUCCUGCAUGCUGGAACCAGGAGAGAUUUUGGGUCUUUCAUUAUUGCUUUUAUCAUUGAAUCAGUAACCUUUUUCUUUUAUGAUGAUUGAGGAUCACAGGAGAAAAGAAUAUAUUAUGUGUUACUAAUUGUGGAAUCAAAAGAUUUCAAAUUGGGUUUUGUAGAUCAUAGUUUCUAAUAGGUAGGUUGCCUAACAGCCUUAAUGGGCUUUUGCUGAUUAGUCUGAGUGGAUGGAGAUUAGAGGUUAAAAAUGAGGUUUUAGAGAUGGGUUUAUAGAGAAUGGAGAACGAGGAAUAGGAUGAAGAGUUCAUUGGUUUUACUUUAAGAAAGAUUGAUGAGUUAAUUUUCAUUAUGCUUGUUGGAGAUAAAGGUGGAGGUUGCUUUUUCUUUUUCCCCCUUGUGUUAGUUUUAUCUGUUUAAUCUAACCUUCAAUGAAACUAUUGCUAAAUUGGGUUUUUAAAUGGUUUUUAAAUGGUUUUUAGUUGGGAGUUUUAAAUUCGGCCAAAACUGAUUGAAUUAUUUUAAAUGGUUUUUAAAUUUUGUCUCGUUAUUGUUUUAACAUGGCUGUACACCGCCCUGAGUCCUUCGGGAGAAGGGCGAUAUAAAAAUAUAAUAAAAUAAAUAAAAUAAGUGUGCAUUCUGAGAUUUUUUUCAUUAAAAUGGUUGAUGCAUUUUAAUUGAUUAUUGCACGGUUAUUUGAUUAUAUAUUUGAUAACACAAAGUUUGACAAUCAAUAUACUGAGUGUAACAUAUUGCUGAGCACAUUGUAAGCCGCCCUGAGUCUUCGGAGAAGGGCGGCAUAUAAAUCAAAUUAAAAAAAAAAAAAAAAACAUUAGUCACUGAUUUUUUUAUAAAUUGCCAUUUAUGGAUUUUCAUGAUUUAGAAAAAUGGAACAGGGGAUCCAUUGCAGUCAGGCUGCUACCUCCUUAACAAUGGCACAUAUAUUGUAAGUUUGCCAAAAUUGUUUGCUGAAAAUAAAUGAUUUCUUUUCCUCUUG